AAAUUAUGCUAGAAAUUGCGCUGUUUUCAAUAAUGCAUUUGAGUUUAAUUACGCCCAUUAAAUAUUUAAUUAACUAUGCACUAUGAUGUUUAUAAUCAUACAUCAUUUCAUAUUUUAAAGGCUUAUUAACCAAAAUGAAUUAUUUCCUUUUAUGUGUGAUAUGCUCCGCAAUAAAUUCACUGGAUGUUUCAGAAUUCAGGAAACAUUAUGGCCUAAGUUUUCACAAUCAAUGUCAAAACUAUGUAAAGACCUUCAAAUGUAUGAGUGUAUGCAAGAGCAUCGGCUACGAAGUAUUUAGAUUAAAUUAUAUGUGUAAAUGUACCUGUCAUGAGAUAAAAACCACCACUGUAGUGCCAUAUUUUAAAUGGAGAACAAAUGGAACUCCAAAGGCGAUGCCUAAAACAUUUAGUCCACCACUCUAUCAUAUCGUGGGAACUUUAUCACCACCACCUGGUAGUAUGAUAGAAAAUACGACAACUUCAACAGUUAAAACUGAUUACCAACCAGGACCUUUAUAUACUAAACCAACUACGGAUGAAACGAUUGAUGAAGCGACGUCUACUAUCAAUGAAACUUCGAUAAGCCAAAACGAAACGGUAGGAAAUGAAACUGAUACUACACAUACAACAGAAAAUAUUUCUAAUAUAACAGAAACUACGAUAAGCCAAAACGGAAAAGUAGUAAAUGAAACUGAGACUGCAAUUACAACAGAAAGUAAUGCUGAUACAACAGAAGCUACGAUAAGCCAAAACGAAACGGAAGUAAAUAAAACUGAUACUGAAAUUACAACAGAGAGUAAUGCUAAUAAUGUAAACCAAGAGCAAAAUAAUAAAACAUGAAUAUUACAAAAAU